UCUUGUCAGGCCAGUUUCCGGGCCCGCCAUGAUGUUCAGAAGACAACGAGGAGCAACUGAAAGACCGUCGAAAUGGAUGUUAUGGAUUUAAACAACGAAAAUUAUAGUUUACAAAGAGAUAAUUACCGUCGUUUUGGAUAAGAAACCUAAGCUAACUGGUUAUUAAAGUGUUUAUUUCCAGUGACCGUUUUCUAACCAGUUAACUAGUUAGUGUAAAACAAGGUUAGCUGCGGGUAAUGUUUUUGUUUUGACUGGUAGGUACACGGACCAAGGCCGCAGAUCUCCUUCUCUCAUCGUAGGUCACACAAGGAUCAACAUCGUUUCCUGCGUGGACUGCAACUCCGAAAAGGAUCGUUUGAGGACUUUAUUUUAUUUGGACGUUUGAUUUUUUCCUCCCCCCAGACGGAUUGAAGAUUUUUUAGGACUUUGCGCCGUUUUACGGCGGAAGAGCGACGCUUACGGGCCUCGCAUGGACUCCUAACCGCGACCCCGGUGCCGCGCUGCUUUCCGCAGCUACAAGGCCCGUUGUUUCCGCGAGAGAGACUCUACUGACUGUAUUAAUAACCGUGAAAGAAAAACCCCGUAAUGGACACUCGAGGAACUGUACUUUUUCUUGUGUUUUACCGGACACUUAAUUAACGAACUGACCGGGUUAUUAAAGACGCUGCUUGCUGGUGUCCCGGUCUGUCACUACUAGUAGUUUGGUGUCUUUGACACAAACCGCUACAAGGACUAUCUGUGAAUACUUCCUCUUAGUUCAUUGCCUGUUUUCCCUUCGAUAUUAUCUUAUUAUAGAAUAAUCUGGUAGCUUCCCCCACCUUCAGUCUCAGAUCGUAUCUACUACUGGUUAUUGUUAUUUCUUAACUAACGUGUUGUUUUCCCCCUCCUUUGUCUUUGAGUUUGAGUUUUUUAAGUGAUUAGUUGUGAGAAUGUCGUGUGUUCAUUAUAAAUUCUCGUCCAAACUGGACUACAACACCGUGACCUUUGACGGGCUGCACAUCACCCUGGCCGAGCUGAAACGGCAGAUUAUGGGCAGAGAGCGACUCAAAGCCACCGACUGCGACCUGCAGAUCACCAACGCACAGACCCGUGAAGAAUACACUGAUGAGGAGGUUCACAUCCCCAAACACUCGUCAGUGAUCGUCAGACGCACCCCCAUCGGGGGGGUCAAACCAGCAGGCAGAACGUUCAUUGUUGACCGUUCUGACAUGGCUGCUGGAUCCUCCAGACCCACCGACUCUUCACCGUCCGUCUCCCUGGCCCAGCUCUCUAAGACUGCCAACCUAGCGGAGGCCAAUGCAUCAGAGGAUGACAAGAUCAGAGCCAUGAUGUCCCAGUCCAACAGUGAAUAUGACCCCAUACAUUACUCUAAGAAGGCCAUAGGACCGCCUCCUGCACAUUACACCUGCUAUCGCUGUGGCAAGAACGGACACUACAUCAAACACUGCCCCAUGCAGAUGGAUAAGAGCGUAGAGGCUCCUAAGCCAAUCAGGACCAGUAAGGGCAUCCCUCAGAGCUUUAUGGUGAAGGCUGAACCAGGAACUAAAGGAGCCAUGUUGACCAGCACUGGAGAAUAUGCUAUUCCUGCUAUAGACGCGUAUGUACCAAACACUCUGUCUCUCUCUCUGUCUCUCUCUCUGUGUCUCUCUCUGUCUCUCUCUCUGUGUCUCUCUCUGUGUCUCUCUCUGUCUCUCUCUCUGUCUCUCUCUCUGUCUCUCUCUCUGUCUCUCUCUCUGUCUCUCUCUCUGUCUCUCUCUCUCUGUCUCUCUCUCUCUGUCUCUCUCUCUCUCUCCGUCUCUUCGUGUUCUGGGUAGGAAGGAGAGACUAUAUAUAAUGUGUUGCAGGGAGGCCUAUGCUCUGGGUAGGAAGGAGAGACUAUAGAUAAUAUAUAAUGUGUUGCAGGGAGGCCUAUGCUCUGGGUAGGAAGGAGAGACUAUAGAUAAUAUAUAAUGUGUUGCAGGGAGGCCUAUGCUCUGGGUAGGAAGGAGAGACUAUAGAUAAUAUAUAAUGUGUUGCAGGGAGGCCUAUGCUCUGGGUAGGAAGGAGAGACUAUAGAUAAUAUAUAAUGUGUUGCAGGGCGGCCUAUGCUCUGGGUAGGAAGGAGAGACUAUAUAUAAUAUAUAAUGUGUUG